AUGAAGAAGAAGGUCCUCCUCAUGGGGGCUUCCGGGAGUGGCAAGACCUCCAUGCGGUCCCUCAUCUUCUCCAACAAUCCCGCGUCGUUGACGGCGCGGCUUGGCGCCACGAUCGACGUAGAGCAGAACCACGUCAGGUUCUUGGGCGACCUUAUCCUCAAUCUCUGGGAUUGCGGUGGCCAAGAUGCUUUCAUGGACUCGUACCUCACUACCCAGCGCUCUACUAUCUUCAAACACGUCGGCGUCAUGAUAUACGUAUUUGAUGCAGAGACGCGGGAGAUGAACAAGGACUUGGAAUACUACCGCGACUGCCUUGACGGAUUGAGGACGUACAGUCCCGAAGCAUCGGUCUUCUUGUUGGUCCACAAAAUGGACUUGGUCCGAGACAGGAAUGCUGUGCUUACGAAGAAGCAGAAGGAGCUGACCGCGGCAAGUGCUGAGGCUACUGCUUGGUCGAGCAUCGUCCACACCCUCAUACCCAACGCAGCUUUACUCUCUAAGCAUCUAAAUAUCUUUUCACGUGCUUGCGGAGCAACGGAGGUCAUCCUCUUCGAACGAACCACCUUUCUUGUCAUCGCAACUUCCACUGGUCCCAGCGCAUCUACCGACUCCGACCCUCACGAGCUCAAUGCCACACGAUACGAACGCACCUCUGAACUAGUCAAAGCAUUCAAACACUCAUGUUCCCGUGUACGAGAAGAGUUCCACUCGCUGGAAAUGGAAUUGCCAGAUUUUACUGCCGUCCUGGACGAAAUGACGAAGAAUGCAUACGUUUUGGUCAUCGUACAUAAUCCGACGAUAGAAACUGCAGCGCUUAAGCUCAACAUUCGCAUGGCUCGCCGGAAGUUCGAAGAAUUGCAAGGCGACAGUCUUGUUUCUUGA